GGCGCUGAGAGCAGAGCCAAGAUGGCGGCCGAGCUGGAGUACGAGUCUGUGCUGUGUGUGAAGCCCGACGUCAGCGUCUACCGAAUUCCGCCCCGGGCCUCCAACCGCGGUUACAGGGCAUCUGACUGGAAAUUAGACCAGCCUGAUUGGACUGGUCGCCUCCGAAUCACUUCAAAAGGGAAGAUUGCUUACAUCAAACUCGAGGAUAGAGUUUCAGGGGAGCUCUUUGCUCAGGCACCAGUAGAACAGUAUCCUGGCAUUGCCGUGGAGACAGUGACAGAUUCCAGCCGCUACUUUGUAAUCCGGAUCCAGGAUGGUACUGGGCGAAGUGCCUUCAUUGGCAUUGGCUUCUCAGAUCGGGGCGAUGCCUUCGACUUUAACGUCUCUUUGCAAGAUCACUUCAAGUGGGUAAAGCAGGAAUCUGAGAUUUCCAAAGAGUCUCAGGAAAUGGAUGCUCGUCCCAAGCUGGAUCUGGGCUUCAAGGAAGGCCAGACCAUCAAGUUGAGUAUCGGGAACAUUACAACCAAGAAAGGAGGUGCUUCUAAGCCCAAGACUUCAGGGACCGGGGGUCUAAGCUUACUGCCGCCCCCACCGGGAGGCAGAGUCACCAUUCCCCCGCCGUCGUCCUCAGUUGCUAUCAGCAAUCAUGUCACUCCACCACCCAUUCCGAAAUCUACUCAUGGAGGUAGCGAUGCAGAUAUCCUUUUAGACUUGGAUUCUCCUGCUCCCGUCACAGCACCGGCAGCAGCUCCAGUUUCCGCAAGCAGUGACCUGUGGGGGGACUUCAGCACCGCACCCAGCUCUGUUCCAAACCAGGCGCCACAGCCAUCCAACUGGGUCCAGUUCUGAAAAGCAGCGACCGGACAUUAAGGACAGACUUGAAGAACAGAGAUGACCUGAGGGCGCCAAUCUGUGAGGGGAGUUAGGAACCCCUUCCCUCCCCAGAACCAAAAUUACUGGACAAUCUUUGUCACAGCUGCUCCAUUGCGUUCAGGCCGGUUCGUGUCCCUCCCUUACAAUCGUCCUCCGCUGUACAGCCGAGAAAGCAUUUCUUACCUCCUGCUCACUGUCAAGGCGGGGGAAGAGCGGGUCUUAUCGCGCUUGUGGCUGACCGCAGGGCUCGGAGGGCCAGGGUCUCUUUGAGGGGGAUUGACCUCUAACAUCUGUAACAUUCUUCUCCGUCUUUAAAUUCGUUACCUGAUUUUCAGAAUCAUCUCAUGACCCUGUGCGCCUCUUUGCGAAGCCCUGUUUAGCGAUUUCAGGGGAGACAAACACCUUGAGACCUUCUUUUCCAUUAACCCAAGACUCUAAACAUGCACAGACCUCGGUGUUUACAGCCUGAGAAUUUUGAUAGGGGCGGGCAUGAACAAAGACCCGUUUCCUGGGUCUCUGCCGUAGGGCGACCCUCAGGCUCGUCCUCUUCGGGGAGCGUCCGGUGCGGGUGCAGCCCUGUUGCCCUCGUGCGCUUACAUGUCUCUUCCUACGAUAAGAGGGUUGUGUUUGCUGCAUAGUGCACCAUCUUUGAUCAGCGGGGGUCUCGGAUGAUGGGGCUUCGAGGGUCUGUGUUUUCCCAGUUACAUUCAAAGAAGCAUUUACAGUCUUGCAACUCCGUCCGGUGGCUGGUGGCUGCAUUUGAAGCACGGCGUUACGUUGUAACAGCCCCAUCAUCUGACCUAACAUUGAAGGGUUUAGGAUUUUUAACCUGAUUUGUAGAGCAGAGAGGUUGAAAGCACUUAACUCUUGUUCGGUACCCACAUUGCCUUGCUGCCUGAGUGUCUGGCCCCUUUCCAUGGACGUUUAUUUUUCAGUCCACUAGCUCCUCAGUGGAAAGCUGCUAUGACAUGUAUUGUCACUUCUGAAGGGAGCUGAAGAGCCAUGGCUUUGGCUGUGAUAAGUUUUACCCAAAUGAUGGCUUUGACACCCAGGGCAUCUCAAAGGCAAGUUGCUCUCCCACCACUUUCCCUUCCCCCAUCCCGCCAUUCCUUUUACAGUGCUGUGAAGGAGUUCCCGUUCCUAGGUGAAUGGGCACCAUCUAUCUUGUUUGUUAAUGGGGAAUUUUGAGGGUAAAAUGGGAAGACACCAUUUCUUCCCUUAGCUCGUGUUUGGAUGUGUACACUCUGGCUGAAGGGAGUCCUUACGUUUAGUUUCAAAAUAGAUUCUCUCUCUCUUGGAUUUCCUUCUUGACUCUUUUUAACUUUGGGUCCAUUUUCUUUUUUCCGUUGCUUCCCGUUUCAGGCAGCUCUAUUCUUACAGAGCCAUGGCAGGACAUUUAAAAAUUCCAAUAGAAAACACUAAAAGGAAAGUCUGUAGAAUCACUAGUGACUAACUACUGGGAACCUAUUUUCUCAGCCUUCCUCUAUGUUGUGUUCUUUGUAUUCUCAAGAUGAUAAUAUAUUAUGUAUUUGAAUUGCUGAAAAACUGAAAAUGAAGUUUAAGAUAUAUGUAUAUAAA